AUGCACCCAAGUAUCACUAGCCCAAUUACCCUCGCCCAACAACAACAACAAAAACAACAACAACAGCAGCAGCAGCACUCCGUCUCUGCCAUCACAGUCGGAAUGUCCACGACUUUCUGGAGCGCAGUCGGCUCAGCAGCCAGGUUCGGAAUGGCUGUCGCUGUUGUGGCCACAACCGUGGCGUCAUUUUCUAGUCGUGUCAUGGGUGACGACGAGGACCCUCUCUCCCUCGCCAUCUGGACCGAGGAGGAGGGUGAUGCCUGGUGGAUGAUCCCGUGA